AUGAUGGGGGGCCAGGAUGCUUCGGACGUUGCCGGCUGGGGACAUCAGGUUCACGACACCUAUCCAGAUACUGCAAGGCUCCAUUUCCAGGUUCAUGAAGAUUCGGAGGGUGGCUUCUGUGGCGAGAGAAGAUCGGCAAAGUGCCAGGACAACAUCUGCCUCUUGGAAGCCAUCAAGCACUUCUAUGGCAAGGUCUUGUCGGAUGAAGGCAGAAGGAUAGAGUAUCCUAUCAUAGAUUACAACAAAGUUGCCAAGGGCAUCAAGUUUUCCGAUGCCGACUUUCUGAAGAUGCUGAUCAAUCUCAUAGGCGAUUUGCACCAGCCUAUGCAUGUUGGCUACGCUCAAGAUGACAAUGGCAGGAAAGUGCAAGUCAAUUUUCGAGGCAAGACGAUGUCUUUGUAUGACGUCUGGGACAAAGCCAUCUCAGAGGCUGUCCGCACGGAAGAGAGCAACUACUGGCUCGGCGGCUGGACGCACGUCCGGGCUGUCAGCAGCGAGUGGGACUUCGACAAGAGGAAGUGGAAGGAGGAUGGCGCCUUCAAGAGUUUCGAUCGCUGGAUGGAGGAGGCUGUCCACUUCUCUUGCAAGAAGGCCUACACGCACCCCUUGACGGGCCAAAAGCUGGCAGGGCCGGAUGCGGAGCCCGGCCCCGAACCGGUGGAGAUCGACGAGGCAGCCUAUCAGGAGUGGAGGCACCUCUGGCUGCGACAGAUUCUGAUAGCUGGCGAGCGCACCGCCAUUGUCCUCAAUGACAUUUUGGACAACAAGGGUGCAGCGCGGUUGGCGACUGGCAGCAAGGUGCAUACCAAGGCCGACGAAGAGAAGGCCAAGGAGCAGGCUGCCUGGGAGCAGGAGAGGCUGAAGCGGCAGAAGGAGGAAAGGAGGACAAGGACGUCUGGAUCCCUGAUCAACGUUGGCGCCCUCAUGACCAACCUCUUUGUUGCCAUCAUUACGGUGCCCAUCUUCCUGCUCGUUGCGAACCAUGGGCUCAAUCCGCAGACGUACGCGGGUCUCAUUAGGAGCAUCUUGGCGGGCAGCAGCAGCGAUACCGUCAAAGCCCCGGCGAAGCGCUUCGAGUAG